AUGCAGCAUGCCGUGAAGGAGCUGGAGGCGCAAGUCGUAGUUGAGCGGUCUGACAGUCCAUGGGCGCUUAAUGACUCGACAGUGAGGGAUUCCAUACCGCGCAUGGAUGACACGCUGGACGCACUGCCGUUCCACAUCAGAAAAGGAGCAAAGUUUGAAUGGAGUGAAGCUUGUCAGGAGGUUUUCGAUAGGCUAAAUCAAGACAUGUUUCUGGCCCCAGUACUGCCUUAUCCCGACCCACCCAGUCCCUACCUGUUGGACAGCGAAGCCGAUUCUGAAGCUCUUGGUGCUGUCCUGUCACAGGUGAAGGAUGGAGAAGAAUGUGUGGAGGCUUAUUACUGUGCCAAGUUCACAGGUCCCGAGAAGAACUAUUGUGUGACCCGCAAGGAACUGUUGGCAACAUUAUUUGGUGUUGCUGGAUCCACAGAGACACAGUUGGCUUCAAAGCACCUAAUCUUGACAUUUCGUCUCUUAAUAGUCCCUCAGAUUAAAGCGAAAUUAUUUGCAAUGCAAAUGGUCUAUAAGCUCUACAUUGCUAGUUCACCUAUACCGCUGAACUACUUCACGACUGUUGCUCAACAGCUGGGUACUAUUGUCCGUCCAGACCAAGCUGCUCUUGACCUCCUGCAAACUAUGGUGCUUGUGACCACAUGCUUUUCUGCCCUAUAUUCAAAGUUCGAGGACAUGCUGAGAAUGGCAUCUGGUCACAAGUUCCAGCUGCACUUUUAA